AAGUCGAUUGGGCCAUUCCUGAAACAGAAAACGCAGCGUUUUUCUACUUUGAGGGUGGAGGGGAGGAAGACGUCUCUGCAGAUUCCGUCGCCAUUUGGAUAAUCGUUAAUCGACCGCCAACUUAAUCAAAUAAUUCCCAAACAAUCCCUAGAAUCUGAGAUCUUCCAAAACUUGAAUGAAGAAUUAGAAAUGGCGAGUCGUUUACUUCUUCAAAAUCUGUCAAAACGACAUCUACUUCGUUCCACCUUCGCUUCUAGAUCCGCAAGUACGUUGGUGUUAGCCGAGCAUGAAGGUGGCUCGAUCAAGGCUCAGUCAUUGAGCGCGGUGGUGGCUGCCAACUCCCUAAGCCAGGACAAUCCCGUUUCCUUGCUAUUGGCUGGCUCCGGCUCUUCCCUUCACCAAGCCGCCGAGAAGGCCGCCACGUGUCACCCUUCUAUUUCUCAGGUUCUUGUAGCUGAUUCAGAGAAGUUUGCAUAUCCUUUGGCUGAGCCAUGGGCUAAGUUAAUCCAAUUGGUUCAGCUAAAAGGAGACUACUCUCAUGUAAUUGCUACUUCAGAUUCAUUUGGGAAGAACAUAUUACCUCGUGCUGCUGCCCUUUUGGAUGUUUCUCCUGUUACUGAUGUUGUUGACAUUAAUGGCCCUCGUCAAUUUAUCAGGCCGAUUUAUGCUGGAAAUGCUCUUUGUACAGUUCGAUACACUGGUGCCAAUCCUUGCAUGUUGACAGUUAGAUCUACCUCUUUCCCGGUGCCUCCUAUCUCUGUUGAUUCGAAGUCUGGUGGGGCUUCUAUUUCCGAGGUUGAUCUCUCAACCUUAGAUGAAGAUUCUGUUGGUAAAUCUAGAUUCAUGAAGCUAUCAUCCCAGGAUACAGGUCGACCUGAUUUGGGAAGUGCAAAGAUUGUGGUUACAGGUGGAAGAGCUUUGAAAAGUGCUGAGAACUUCAAAAUGAUAGAGAAGCUUGCAGAAAAGCUCGGUGCAGCUGUUGGUGCUACCCGUGCUGCUGUUGAUGCUGGAUUUGUUCCCAAUGACCUUCAGGUGGGCCAAACUGGGAAAAUUGUGGCCCCGGAGUUAUACAUGGCAUUUGGUGUUUCAGGAGCCAUUCAACACUUAGCUGGCAUGAAAGACUCUAAGAUUAUUGUUGCUGUUAACAAAGAUUCUGAUGCACCCAUUUUCCAGGUAGCUGAUUAUGGACUUGUGGGUGAUCUUUUCGAAGUGAUACCAGAGUUGUUAGAGAAGCUUCCUGAGAAAAAGUAGACCUGUAUACUUCCCAAAGUUACAAAAAAUUGUUGAAUGGUGUUUAAAGUAAAGUUUCAAAAUGAAUAGCAAUAAAAGUAAUGAAAAUUUACUGUUGAAUA